GAAAUGAUACAAUCUAUUGGACAGACAUGGGUUUCAACAAAAUUAGCAGAUCUAAACGAGACCAAACAUGGAAAGAAGACAUUGUUACAAAUGGUUUGGGAAGAGUUGAAGGCAUUGCAGUGGACUGGAUAGCAGGUAACAUAUAUUGGACGGAUCAUGGCUUCAACUUAAUUGAAGUUGCCAGGCUCAACGGCUCAUUCCGAUAUGUAAUUAUAUCCCAGGGUUUGGACCAGCCAAGAUCUGUUGCGGUACACCCAGAAAAAGGGUAUUUAUUUUGGACAGAGUGGGGACAGACUCCUUGCAUAGGCAAGGCACACUUAGAUGGGUCUGAGAAGGUUGUGCUUGUGAGCCUGGGGAUUGCAUGGCCUAAUGGGAUUUCCAUCGACUAUGAGGAAAAUAAAUUAUAUUGGUGUGAUGCUCGUACCGACAAGAUAGAAAGAAUUGACCUUGAGAGUGGAGGGAAUCGGGAGAUUGUGCUGUCAGGGAGCAAUGUGGAUAUGUUUUCAGUCGCGGUGUUUGGAGCUUACAUCUACUGGUCUGACAGAGCACAUGCAAAUGGCUCUAUUAGAAGAGGCCACAAGAAUGAGGCCACGGAUGCUGUGACCAUGAGGACUGGCCUUGGAAUAAACCUGAAGGAAGUGAAAGUCUUUAAUAGAGCACGAGAGAAAGGUACUAAUGUUUGUGCCAAGAAUAAUGGUGGAUGUCAUCAACUUUGCCUUUAUUGGGGAAAUGCACGGAGAACAUGUGCUUGUGCACAUGGCUAUCUUGCAGAAGAUGGAAUUACUUGCCUGAGACAUGAAGGUUACCUGUUGUACUCAGGAAGGACAAUAUUAAAAAGUAUACAUCUUUCAGAUGAAACCAACUUAAAUUCACCAGUAAGGCCAUAUGAAAAUCCAGAGUACUUCAAAAAUGUGAUAGCUCUUGCUUUUGACUAUAGUCUGAAAGGAAGAGGUACAAAUCGCAUAUUCUUCAGCGACGCACACUUUGGAAAUAUACAAGUUAUUAAUGACAACUGGGCUGGCAGAAAAGUGCUAAUUGAAAAUGUUGGGUCAGUGGAGGGACUUGCUUAUCAUAGAGCCUGGGACACUCUCUAUUGGACCAGUUCAACCACAUCCUCAAUCACAAGACACACUGUUGACCAGAGACGUCAAGGAGCUUUCAACCGGGAAGCAGUAAUAACAAUGUCUGAAGAUGAUCAUCCGCACGUGUUAGCUCUAGACGAAUGUCAAAACUUAAUGUUUUGGACUAACUGGAAUGAGCAGCUCCCAAGCAUCAUGAGAUCUACCCUCUCAGGCAAAAAUGCACAGGUUAUCAUUAGUACAGAUAUUCUGACACCAAAUGGACUUACCAUUGAUCAUAGGGCGGAGAAACUUUACUUUUCAGAUGGCAGCUUGGGAAAAAUUGAGAGGUGUGAAUAUGAUGGAUCACAAAGAUAUGUAAUUGUCAAAUCUGGACCAGGUACCUUUCUCAGCCUGGCUGUAUAUGAUGAUUAUAUCUUCUGGUCAGAUGGAGUGAGGAGAGCUAUUCUGCGUUCUAGUAAAUAUACAGGAGGAGAUACAAAAGUUCUUCGUUCUGAUAUCCCACAUCAGCCAAUGGGCAUUAUUGCUGUUGCCAACGAUACUAACAGUUGUGAGUUAUCUCCUUGUGCACAAAUGAAUGGAGGUUGUCAUGAUUUAUGCCUUCUGACUCCUGAUGGACGAGUGAACUGUUCAUGUCGAGGGGACAGAAUACUGAUAGAUGAUAACAGAUGUGUGACUAAAAAUUCCACUUGCAACAUUUAUUCUGAGUUUGAAUGUGGAAAUGGUGAAUGCAUUGAUUAUCAGCUGACUUGUGAUGGCAUUGCUCAUUGUAAGGACAAGUCUGAUGAGAAACUUUUCUACUGCGAAAAUAGAGGCUGUCGGAAGGGUUUCAAGCCAUGUUCUAAUCGUCGCUGUGUUUCAAGUAACAAAGUCUGUGAUGGUGCAAAUGACUGUGGUGACAACUCUGAUGAAUUUGACUGUAAAGAUUCAACGUGUGCUUCAACAGAAUUCCGUUGUGCAGAUGGGAUUUGCAUUGGUAAAUCAGCACAGUGCAACCAGAUCAUUGAUUGCGCAGAUGCUUCAGAUGAAAAGAACUGUAAUAAUACAAACUGUGCUUACUUCUAUAAACUUGGAGUAAAAUCUUCAGGAUUUAUUAGCUGUAAUUCAACUUCAAUUUGUAUACUGCCAGAAUGGAUAUGUGAUGGAUCUAAUGACUGUGGAGAUUAUACAGAUGAACUAAAAUGCCCAG